AGGUCCCUGACCAUCUGUUCAUCAGUGCUCUGUUCAUCAACACCAAGGGACGAUGUCAGAUCUGGUUCAGCCAUAUGGCAACCAUCCACGGCGUCCAGGUUUCAGACCUGUACAAGAAGGUCUCCUGGGAAGAUAUGACAAAGGAAUGGAAGAAGCGGUUCAUCGUCGACGAUGCCCCGACACUCGCCAUCAACCGCAUCUUCACGAUGGCUCAAGGAAGCACACCGACACGUGACUGGCUCACGGAUUGGCAGAAGAUCGUGGCAACGCCCGUUUUGGACUUGCCAUUCCCGCAUUUGCGGCGUGAGUUCUACAACAAGUCAUGCGCCGCUCUCAGCCUCGCACUUGGUGAUCGCGAGCAGUACAGCACUUUCGCGGAGAUAAUCAACAAGGCGAGAGAGCUCAUCAAGACCAAUAGGGCGGCUGCGCACGAGAAGUCAACGUGGCAGCCAACCUAUGUGGAGAAGCUCGGGAAACUGAGCUCCGCGGAAGGUGAGGCGACUCCACCUUCUACUCCGCCAGAUUCGGCCGCCUUGCUAGCGGCCUCCUGCACAUCUGGGGAGAACGCGAAUGUCGCAAGUUCUCGUUACACUUACGAGGACUAUGCUGUCCACUUGGUUCCACCGCUGGACCAACCGCUCCACGUGCAACAAUCUACCGCAUGCACGGUUUCAUCACCAUCGACAACCGAUUCGGCAGCUUCGCCACAAUCUAUCGCCGGGGAUUCGACGUCAUGGUCAAGACUUGAAAAGCUCGACCCGUUGAGGUUCAUGGACUUCCAGUGGAUGCCCGUUCCCUCGACCGGACGAUGGCCAAAACUGCAUUGCAACGUGCUUAUGGCACAAUUGCGGGAUUACUUGCACACUGCAGUACCAGUUCCAUUGAUGGACGCCGUAGCAGAGGUUGUCGACCUUCACGCUUACAUCACGAAGAUCGACCGCGAGUUCAAGACGCAACGGUACGACGACAUCGACGCACCAUUGCUCUACGUACGCAUUCAGAUCAGAGAGGCGACCUGCAGUGCCUUGAUCGAUUGCGGAGCAUCUCGCAACUACAUCAGCCAGGACUUCAUGGUGCGCGCCGGCCUUGGCCCACGCGUCCAGAGGAAGCCCCAGCCUACGCAAGUCACAUUGGCAGACGGUCACACACACAAGUCAAUCGACCGGUGCAUUGACAACGUCUCAAUGUACUUUGCCCCUCAUGCAAGUGAGGCGGUGUCCUCUGACAUUUUGGACACCAAAUUUGACAUGAUCUUGGGCAUAUCAUGGCUGCGAAGCGAGGAUCACCCGAUGAACUUCUUCCACCGCAGCGUUCACAUUCGUGAUCGGAAUGGAGUAGUAGUUCCAUGCACGGUGCCUCUUCCCUGCCACGUGGUAUCCGCUGCAAGCAUGCGAGCUUCCAUCAUCAGAGACGACAUCAAGGAGAUGGGGGUGUGUUUUCUCCACGCCCUCCCGCCCCAUGACGCUUCAUCGACGGACUCCCCUUCUGAUCCACGCAUCACCGAGCUUCUCGAUGCCUACAGCGACGUCGAGGAAGAGUUAAGUGUGCUUCGGGCACAACUCGACGACCUUCUAGAGAAAGGCUGGAUUCGGCCUAGCUCAUCGCCAUACGGUGCUCCUGUUCUCUUCGUCCGGAAGAAGAACAAGGACCUGCGAUUGUGCAUCGAUUAUCGCAAGCUCAACGCGCACACGAUCAGGAAUGCCGGCCCUCUCCCACGCAUCGACGACCUUCUCGAGCGAUUGGGCGGCGCCCAGUUCUUCUCUAAGCUGGAUUUCAAGUCAGGGUACCAUCAACUCGAGAUUCGCAAGGAGGAUCGCUACAAGACCGCAUUCAAGACACAGUAUGGGCAUUUCGAAUGGCUGGCCAUGUCGUUUGGCCUUACGAAUGCCCCAACCACUUUCCAAGGGGCUAUGACAACGGAGUUCCAACACAUGCUGGAUCGGUUUGUACUCAUCUACCUCGACGACAUCUUGGUGUAUAGUCGGAGUUUGGACGAGCAUGUGGAACACCUGCGCACCGUUUUGGAGCGGCUACGACAAGCCAAGUACAAAGCAAACCGCGAUAAGUGCGAGUUCGCACAGCAGGAGCUGGAGUACUUGGGACACUAUGUGACGCCGCAAGGCAUCCGUCCGCUUGCGGACAAGAUCGAGGCCCUACGAGUAUGGACCGAGCCCACCAACACCACGGACGUUCGUUCAUUCAUGGCGUUGGCGGGCUACUAUCAGCGAUUCAUCACCGGAUACUCCAGGAUUGCUGCACCUAUGAUGAGGUUACAGUCGCCAAAGGUGCCAUUCGUAUUCGAUGACGACGCACGCCGGUCAUUCCAAGCACUUAAGACGGCUAUACUCAUGGCACCCGUCCUUAGCAUCUAUGACCCCACCCUGCCGACGCGAGUGACUACGGACGCUUCCGGCUAUGGCAUUGGGGCAAUUUUGGAACAGCACGACCGCGACGACUGGCACCCUGUGGAGUAUUUCAGCCACAAAGUGCCUCCCAUCAACUCGCUUGAUGAUCCAAGGAAGGAGUUGCUCGCAUUCGUGAUGGCUCUCAAGCGCUGGCGGCACUUCCUCCUUGGGCGUCGUAGGUUCACAUGGGUCACAGACAACAAUCCAUUGACCUACUACAAGACGCAGGACACGGUGAGCAGCACGAUCGGACGAUGGAUGUACUUCAUCGACCAAUUUGACUUCACACCAAAACAUGUCCCCGGCCUCUCCAAUCGCGCAGCAGAUGCACUCUCGCAAAGACCUGAUCUUUGCGCUAUGACACAUCAUGCCUUCGCAUUCGACGAGGAGCUUCAGCGACACUUCAUCCGGGCAUAUCAGUCUGAUCCGGACUUCGACACGCUCUAUGCACAGCUAUCUUCGGAUCUCCCGCCGGCCAGCCAUUUUUGCAUUGCCGACGGGUACUUGCUCCUCCACUCGAGAGGCAAGGACUUACUAUGUGUCCCACGCGACCGUCAUCUUCCGGCUCGCCUUCUCGGCGAGUAUCAUGAUUCACGACUCCCCGGCCAUUUCGGAGUCAACCGCACUAUUGCACGACUUUGACAGCGAUUCCGAUGGCCUGAACUCAUUACCGAUGUCACUCGGUAUUGCGACUCUUGCGAAGUCUG